ACCGUCAAAUGUCAUAAAAACGCAAUAAAUUGAUUUAUAACUCAUUACCAGUGAGUUGAGCAGCGUACGUGUACAUAAUGGUGACUGUCAUUAAACCUAGUCUAUUCUUAAUGUCAUUGUGGGUGCUAUCAUCUCAUGAAGCACAAGGGAGUGGAAAAAAGCUUUCUUGGAGCCACUGUUCAAAUCCUGGGACUGUUGCUUUAAAUUAUAUACUCUUCAAGCCUUUUCCAUUGAAGAUUGGACAGAGGUUUCAAUACAUAGCAAACCUUUCAACAAGUGAUACUAUAGUGGAUGGUACUUUUCAUGUUAAAUUAUGGUACCAACUAAAUAUAGCAAAACAAGAGAGCAUCAACAUAACAUUCAUUGAUGAAAGGAUCAACUUGUGUGAUCAGUGGGUUGCCGAUAGUGGCCAUCUGUGCCCUGUCAAGCCAGGGAACUACAUCAUGACUAGUGCUGAAACCAUCCCUACACUCUUUAAACCAGGAAACUAUUUUGGCAAAGCUGAAGCGUUUGAUGAAGCUGGAAAAAUCUUAAUUUGUGCAAGGAUAAAAUUCUCCCUUUGACUGAGAAUGAACACAAACACACACACACACAAUUGCAUACACUGUAUUGUGUGUACAUUACUUGUUUCCAUUAGAUCAGUUUUUUAUUUGUUUCGCUUGCAUAAACUAAAAAUUGUUAUUUUUUCAGUGUCCAACGAUUUACAUUAGAAAUAUGCA